AUCAAACUGAACACUCUGCAGUGUUUGCGGGCGCUGGGCAAUGGUCGCGUUUUCUGGCCGCGUUAUUCGCUUCAGAGACGCAAGUCAGGAUGUCUAUAUUGCUGGUAAAACCGGAAAGGCCUUAAAAUCAGUUGACACAAAACCCAAAAGAAAUGGUCAACAAAAGCAGCAGGACGGAGAGGAUACAAGGACGGAUUUACUCCAGCCAUUCGUUCGUACAAGUCCCCUGGCGGUGGUUGUGCUGGGAAUGGCUUUCAUCGGCCUAGUGCCCGUAUCUUUCAAUUGCUUGUAUAAGCCGCUUCUCUCCGUGCGUCGAUCCAGCCUGGUGUAUGCUGUGCUGUUGUAUUCCACAUUCUGCGUCUCUUACGCCUUCGUCUGGAAAGAUCAGUUAGGAAAAGUUCUUGAUCCGAGCAGCAAUUGGGAUUCAAAGCUGUUCUCUUUAGAGGCUAUCCUAGCUCUGCUGCCUUGUUCUAUCGGCCCCUGGGUCUGGACGUGUACAACUAAUUUGCGAAAAUUGAUGUGGGACUUUGCGGAAUAUGAGGAAUCCUUCUUAUCUGUUACUAAUCAACAUCUUCGGGACCGCUGGGCUUCCCGAGUUCGAAACUUGCGCGGUUUCAUAUUCGUCUUAUUCGUGAUCGUUGGCCUGGGAGUCACCAUUGCAAUGUUGUUCUCAGAGAUACAGAAUGAGUAUAAGUCGGACGACCUCGCCGGCACGUUGGUAGAUAUGCGGUUCUACCUCCCCGCUGCGUAUUCGUCCACAGUAAUAUCCACGCUGCUCCUCAUGCUCAACACCACGUACUCCCUACAGCUGCGUGAGGCAGCCACCGCUCUCAGCGAGCACCUAAACCAAUUGCGCCCGGGUGACACUGUGGGGGUGCGCCGUGCCCAAAAGCUGUGGGUCAGCCUGCGCGCGCUCUUCAACGACCGCCCCAGCGUCUACCUUCUGGAUGUGUUCUUCGUAUCGCAUAUCUUCAUCAUGAUGCUUUUAGCCGUCUACUUGAGCUUCGCGCUACUGUCUCUGAGGAUCGUGAUGUUGGCUGCCUCGCAAUACUUUUGGAUGCUAUUCCUGGGGUUUGAGCUGUUUUGGAUGAGUGAUCUGGCCCACGCGGCGGUAACUGCGAUGCACGGUCCUGUGGUUUCUGCCCUGGACAAGCUGUCGCUGGACGCGCAUGACGAGCAUUUCCACCGAGCGGUGACGUUCUUCUACAUGUCCGUGAGUUCCCGGCCAGCUCACUUGUCACUGAGCGGGUUCACCAGCGUCGACCGACCUCUCUUCACCUCCAUCGUCUCCCUAUCAGUCACGUAUCUCGUCAUCAUGGUGCAGUUUCGCUCGGACAAGUCUCAUCCUUCUUCCCCACCCCAGUAGCGUCAACCGCGUUAAAUAUGCGCUUCCAUGCGCAUUGAAAUGCACAUAAAAGGUAACGCAUCGGUGACGCUUUUAAAGCGCAUUACAGCAUUUAAUAUGCAUUUAGUGCGCAUUUAGAACACUCUUGAUGCGCAUUUAAUGCGUCACCAAUGUGUCACCUUUUAUGUGCAUUGAAGCGCAUUUAAUGCAGUAGCGCUUCUGAGGAUGCCAUGGUUGUGGAUUUUAUUUUAUACCUCUCGCCCUUCGCCCAGAAAGAGGAAAAAAACGUUAACGCCAACGCUAACGUGAAAGCAGAUGAAUUAUAGUAUAGCGUUGAGUUUUUACUCCAAA